AUGGACCGGAGCGAUGUCAUGUACAAAGCUGGCAGCAGCCUGAUAAUUGAAAAUGUCACCACAGAGGAUGGGGGGCUGUACAUCUGCAGGACAUUCAAUGAGACAGAGGCUGUGACCAGGCUGGAGGCCAAUGUCACUGUCACCGUGUACGAAAAACCCUACAUCACGGUGUCACACAAGAAAGGGCCUUACUACGAGAUCACCUCAGGACACAAGUCCCUGAAGCUGGCUGCCAAGGUGGACGCCUUCCCUCGGCCCAUUGUCACCUGGUACAAGGAUGGCAAACUGCUCAAGGACAACCACACCUGCUAUGAACCAGACCCACUGAAAUACAGGCUGGGAAUUCGAGAUGUGAGACCAAAACAUGCUGGGAACUACACCAUGGUCCUGAGCAACCCCAAAUAUGGCCUCUACAAGAACCUCACCAUGCAGCUGGUGGUGACAGAAAGACCCAAGAUUUAUGAAAAGGAAACAGAUUUUGACAAGGUUGUGAAGGUGGAGUUGAGAAGCAAACACAAAAUCCAGUGCACAGCAAGUGGGAAUCCUGAGCCCAGGAUCGAGUGGAAGUGGCAACCCUGCAGCCUCACAGACACCCUGUGCAGCCCCGAGGGACCAAAAGUUCUGGUCUGGGAGAACAAAGUCAUAGGAAACAAGAUCAGGAGCAUCGAGAACACCCCCAUAAGGCAGGGGGACAAACAAAAGAUCGUGAGCACCCUCACCCUGGAGAACAGCAGUGCCUCGGGAAUCUAUUACUGCGUGGCUUUCAACAAGGUGGGCGAGGAGGAGCGCAGCAUCGAGUUCUACGUGUCAGACGUGCCCUCUGGGUUACAAACAUCCUCCCAAGUCACAGCCAUCGUGGGGAACGACGUCCAGCUCACCUGCCGGGCCUCCAAGUACAUCUACACCCACCUGGCCUGGUACUACCCCUCCUCAGAGCCAGCUCCCAGCCACUCUGUGCUCAGGAAAAUGGACAAAUAUUCCAUCUCUUUGACCCUGCUCAUUCCCAACGUCACGAGGGAGCAGAGUGGGCUCUACAAGUGCCGAGCCCAGAACCAGCACAACAGCACGGACACGCUGGAGCAGCACAGCCAGCUCCUGGUCAGAGCAAAGGCAGCGCCAUUUGUGAUCCAGAACCUCACGGACCUGGAGGUCAACAUCAGUGGCAAGAUCCUGCUGGAGUGCAAGGUCAGUGGGACACCAGAGCCACAGGUCACCUGGAGGAAGAAUGGCUACCCCAUCUCAGCAGCAUCAGGAAUUUCCAUGGAAAACAACACCCUGGUGAUUGAGAGAGUGAAGAAGGAUGAUGAGGGGCUCUAUGAGUGCCAGGCCUCCAAUGACUUGGGCCAGGACAGCACAUCAGCCUUCAUCAAAAUCCAAGGUUCAGAGGAGAAGUCCAACAUUGAGGUGAUCAUUCUGGUGUGCACAGGGCUGGCUGCCACUCUCUUCUGGCUCCUGCUGACCCUCUUCAUUCGCAAGCUGAGAAAGCCCGAUGCCACAGAUAUUAAAACAGGAUACCUGUCAAUUAUCAUGGACCCCGAGGAGAUGCCCCUUGAUGAGCAGUGUGACCGCCUGCCCUACGACAGCAGUAAAUGGGAGUUCCCCAGGGACAGGCUGCGCCUGGGUAAAACUCUGGGUCAUGGUGCUUUUGGGAAGGUGGUGGAGGCGUCUGCUUUUGGCAUUGAUAAAUCUUCAACCUGCAAAACAGUUGCCGUAAAAAUGCUGAAAGAAUGUGCAACUACUAAUGAAUGCAAGGCUCUAAUGUCUGAGCUGAAGAUCCUCAUCCAUAUAGGACAUCACCUGAAUGUGGUCAACCUGCUGGGAGCCUGCACCAAAGCUGGAGGCCCUUUAAUGGUCAUAGUGGAAUAUUGCAAAUAUGGAAAUCUGUCCAACUAUCUCAGAGGGAAACGAGGAGAUUUCAUUGCAUACAAGUCCCAGGAAAACUCUGACCAAGCAGAGAAAAGUCUGGAUGAGUCCAACAGUGAUUUGACUGAACUGAUCAAGAGGCGCCUCGAGAGUGUGGCCAGCACAGGCAGCUCUGCCAGCUCAGGAUUUAUUGAAGAUAAGAGUUACAGUGACUCAGAAGAUGAUGAAGAAGAUGCUGAGGAUCUGUACAAGAGACCUUUGACUCUGGAGGAUCUGAUUUGCUACAGCUUCCAGGUGGCAAAAGGCAUGGAGUUCCUCGCCUCCCGAAAAUGCAUCCAUCGGGAUUUGGCAGCCAGGAACAUCCUCCUGUCCGAGAACAACGUGGUCAAGAUCUGUGACUUUGGCCUUGCCAGGGAUAUUUAUAAAGACCCCGACUACGUCCGGAAGGGAGAUGCACGGCUUCCACUCAAGUGGAUGGCUCCAGAAGCUAUUUUUGACAAAAUUUACACCACGCAGAGUGACGUGUGGUCUUUUGGAGUGCUGCUGUGGGAAAUAUUUUCUCUAGGUGCCUCUCCAUACCCUGGAGUGCAGAUCGAUGAGGAUUUCUGCCGGCGGCUCAAGGAAGGGACGCGCAUGAGAUCUCCAGAAUAUUCCACUCCCGAAGUCUACCAGACAAUGCUGGACUGCUGGCAUGGGGUCCCCACGGAGAGGCCAACGUUCAGCGAGCUCGUGGAGCGCCUGGGGGAUCUCCUUCAGGCCAACGUGCAGCAGGAUGGCAAAGACUACAUUCCACUGAACAUCACCUUGUGUCCAGAUGGAGAAUCCAACCCCAAAACCUGCCCUGUGGAAGAAAACUUGAACAGUGGAGUGAAUCGCUGGAGUGCAGUGGAAACUGGUAACAACAGCAAGAAGAGACCCCUGAGUGUGAAGACAUUUGAUGAGGUGCCAGUGGAAAAGGAGAAAGUGAUGCAUGAGGAGUCUGACAGUGGGAUGGUGCUGACCUCAGAUGAGAUAAAAAGCCCCAAGAGGUUGGAAAUCCGUUCCUGGCCCUAUGGGAUCAUGGCUCUGGCGAGGAGAGCUGUCAGCAGGAGCAAGGAAUCCAUCCUGUCUGACCAUGAGACUGUCAAGUACCAGCCAGCAGUGCAGCUGGAAGAGGACACCAUGGACUUCCCCCUGGAAGACUCUGUCCUGCUCCCUAUGGAUCCCAACCUGGAAUGCCACAGCCCUCCUCCAGAUUACAACUCUGUCAUCCACUACUCGGCCCCCCCAGUGUAA